GUCGACCACGGUACAGCUUUGUUUGCGCCACGGAAGAUGGCUACACCCAUGAAUGGUAAAGUGGUGGAAGCAGGCGGCUACACGCUGCAUGCACGGUGCGUGGCUGGCAUCGAAUCCUGCUGCUAUGUGGACUCCAUCGACGUGGCGUUCGAUUUGGGCUGCCUUGUCGGCCGUGUGGUGAAUAAAUCGCACGUUUUCAUCACUCAUGGACAUGUCGAUCACAUUGGCGCGGUGGUAGCGCAUGCGGCUCGAAGAGCUCUGCAGAAGCAGAAGCCGGCCAGUUACUUCGUACCAGCCCACCUCGCACCUCACUUGGAAAGCAUAUUGGAGAGCACGGCUGCCAUGCAGGGUGAUGCACCAUUCCCGGCCAAAAUUGUGCCGCUGCAGGCUUUCGACGAGGUGCACAUAUCGGCCAAGUACUUGGUGCGAGCAGUGCCGACCAAGCACCGCGUGCCGAGCCUCGGCUACAUUCUGUACGAGAAGAAAAACCGCCUAAAGCCCGAGUAUCGGCAGCUACCUGGUGCAGAGAUUGCGGCACUCAAGCGUGCUGGCAAGGAGAUCACGAGCGCCGAGCUUACGCCCGAGAUCGCGUACACAGGCGACACCACCAUCGAGGCGUUCACAACGGCGGCGGAUGAUGAGCGGACCAAGGACUUAUUGCAAGUGAAGGUUCUCAUCACUGAGGUGCGGAGAUGUCCCGAGCUGAUACUGUACUGAAUACGAGGCGCGAGCAGCUAAGUUGUCUUAUUCCGGACGUUGCAGGCCACAUACACCGACUCCAAGAUGACGAUCCAAGACGCAGUAGCCCGUGGGCACAUGCACCUCGAUCAGCUCGCUAUCCACGAGAACUUGUUUCAGCGUGUGGGCACACUCGUUUUGGUCCACUUCUCCGCGCGAUACAGUGCCGAGGAGCUGGCUGAAUGCAUUCAGACACGGUUGCCACAGUCGCAACAGGUGAAGACGAUGCUCGGGUGCUAAGCUUAGUACAGCGAGUAGGUUCACCAUGGAGCAUAGAGCCACUGAUUUUCUUCGCCUUAGCGCGAGCAAGCUUCAACUUGAUCUUCCACGGUCAGCAAGAAUAGUCGGAAGUGCAAAUAGGUUGUUUAGUGUCGGCUGAUAUGCCACGAUAUGUGUAUUCUUUUCCUAGUUAUGGCAAUAAAUAGUGAUGCUACAGACUAUGGACGC